GGAUAUGAAGGAUGCCGUACCACGGACAAUGCGACAAGCAAGAAAAAUCCCUUGAACAAGACACUCUCCUCCGGCACCCGGGAAAUUUUGAACCGCGCGGCCCAUGCCCUGCGCGAGUCGUUAGAUGUGGAAGGAGUGGUGUUCUUCGACGCCAGCGUGCGCUCGUACGGCGGGCUAAUGCAGAGCGGGGAGGCCCGCCACUCGGAUCUCGAGAUCAGCACCACUUCCGGCUCCGGCGAAUCUGGCAGCGAUAGCGAACACUCCACCGUCGGUCAUUCAUCCACCGAGACGGACGAGGCUGCACUCUGUGAGGUUCUCAGUCUUUCGACUGAGCCCGAGGACGCUGGCCUUCCGAUUGGAUCCUUCCAUGAAAGCUACUUGCGGUCGCUGCUUCAUCACCACCCCCGCGGUGGGAUCUUCAACAUUGACGAAAAUGGAUGGGUUUCUUCGAGCGAAGGCAGUGACGGUGCGACUGGCAGUGCUCUGACCCGCGAUAUCGUCUAUCGGCGCCAGGUCACCCAGGGCGGCAAGAAUGGUCUUCGAAGCAAGCGACAGAAGCUCACCUCCCGCGAUGAGUGCAAGGCUUUGCACAAGGUCUUCCCGCUAGCGCGAAGUGUCAUCCUGUUUCCAGUCUGGGACUCGCGGCGCAACCGAUGGUUCUCAGGACUGUUCGCGUGGACCAACACCCCACGGGCCUUCAGCUCUCGAGGUGAAUUGGCCUAUUUGUAUGCCUUUACCAAUAGCAUCAUGGCUGAGAUCCACCGAUUGGAUAUCGAGCUUGCCAACAAGGCCAAUCGGACCCUCGUCAGCAGUAUCUCCCACGAACUGCGGAGUCCCUUGCACGGCAUCCUGGGGAGCACCGAGUUGCUGACCGACUCCAGCAUGACGCCACCACAGGUCGCGCUCGUGCAAACCAUCGAGAACUGUGGCCGCUCGUUGCUAGACAUCAUCAACAACAUGCUAGACUUCGCAAAGAUCAACCAAUUCACCCGCAAAUCACGCUCGGGGCGGUUGAAAGCAGGACCCGCCUUGGCACGCCGACAGGCCAACACCGGUCGAGCGCUGGCGAAAAAGCGACCAAGCGAAGGUAUUGUCAAUCUCAUCACCGACGUACAACUCGACUCUGUUCUCGAGGAGGUCAUGGAUACGGUCUUCGCUGGUCACUGCUUUGCCACCACCACCGGAUUCUUAGCUCAAGGCGGGCCCGUGCUCACCAACCAGGACAAGGACGGGGACUAUCUCAUGAGCAAUACGCCACAGCCACCUCGGACCAAUGAGCCUUUGACGGUGAUCUACGACGUGGAACCAAGGAUGAUGUGGCUAUUCGAAACGCAGGCCGGUGUCUGGAGACGCAUUUUGAUGAACAUCUUUGGAAAUGCUCUGAAGUACACUCGGUCCGGUCACAUUGUGGUCUCCUUGAAGUCCACCAUGCCUACCACCACUAAGCCCAAGAGACUAUCUGCUACAGAUCCCUUCAAGCAUGAGCUUGCCGGGAUUGUUCUCAGUGUGAAGGACACCGGACAGGGCAUCGACAAGGAGUACCUCAAAAGCAACAUAUUCAAGCCGUUCUCUCAGGAGGAUCCUUUGUCGCCUGGGAGCGGAUUGGGACUCAGCAUUGUAUAUCAAGCUGUGCAAACAAUGGGAGGGACGAUUGACAUCAAUUCCACAAGGGGGUUUGGAACGGAGGUAACGGUGAGUGUAGAUUUGUUGCGGAGUCCGACCCCAGCACCCAAUAGUGACCGGGAGGCGCGCACGAUUCAUAAGGCUCAACAGUUCUCCCGGGGGAGAUCAAUUGGCUUGCUGGGAUUCAAUGGGCCCGAAAAAGCCAAGGACGAUGGACUCGCUCUGCUGCGGGCUUCGCUCACUAGCAUCUGCCAGGACCACCUCGGCAUGCAAGUCGGCCAUGUCUCGUGGGAUUCGAGCGAUGCACCGCUCUACGACGUGUAUAUAGUGCAACACUCAGAUUUUGCACAUGUCGAUAGUACCUGGGCCACUAUAACGGGCAAAGCCUUGGCGACCGGCGUGGAGCCUAAGGGCCGACCCCCGGUGGUGGUAGUCUGUCCCACUCCGCAGGAGGCGCAGAAAAUGGCUGCCACCGGUUACCGUAGCCCUUCGUCUGCCAUCUAUGAGUUCGUCAGCCAACCCUGCGGGCCGACCAAGAUGGCGACCGCGAUCAUGACUUGCAUCCAGCGGCGUGAGCAGCAGCAGACGCAGUCGGUGACCGCCAAAAUGGAUGCCACGCUGGAGGAGGAACCCGGUACGCAGCCAACCAAGUUCACGGCGGCCUAUCACGCCUCAACCACAGACGUACAGACUAAGACAUCGUCAGGUAUGGACAUCGCGCUGACCACCUCCACCACCAUGGUCUCGACCACUACAUCCAGCAAGGGGGAUUCAGUGACCAAGAUACUAGCGAUCGAGACGACGAAACGAGCGCCCUCGGUCCUUCUGGUGGAUGACAAUGAGGUGAACUUGAAAUUGCUGGUCGCAUUCAUGAAGAAGGCAAAGUUGUCGUAUUUCACGGCCACCAACGGCUUGGAAGCCCUGGAGGUGUUCAAGGCCAACGCCGGUCAGAUUCAGAUCAUUCUCAUGGAUAUCUCCAUGCCGGUUAUGGAUGGCCUGGAGUCUACGCGGCAGAUUCGUCUCUUCGAGAAAGCCCAGGAAGAACUCAGCCCGACCAGCAUGCCCUCCGCCAAGCCCGCUGUGAUUAUUGCAUUGACUGGAUUGGGUAGCGCGACGGUCCGCCAUGAAGCCCUCACGCACGGGGUGGACCUCUUCCUGUCCAAACCGGUUCGGUUCCAGGAGCUGAUCAAACACAUCGGCGAACUUGUCCAUUGAUCUUCUGGCCCCCUGCCUUUUCUUCAAUUCUUUCCCGCAAAAGUUCCCACAUACCCCUUUUUGUAUUGAUGCCACGGUUUUGGAGUGAUGUAUAUAUACGCGUGAUGAGCCUGAUGAUGAUGGAAGGCGCCUCAGAGACUUCCUUCGAAUCAAUAGAUACCUAUACCAG